AUGUCGUUUGAAGAAAUCGAUACUGAAGAUAGUGCUAGCUCACUCAGUGAAGUGAGUUCACUGGAUGAUGAAUUUGAUACAAUGCACCUUGAUUUUGACAGUUCUGAAGAAGUUACUGAUUAUGACGAUGAUGAUGAUAUGGAUUUACAUACUUGGAAUGAAAUAGAACCAGAAUCUGAUGCAGAAUUCUUGGAAGAUCAUGGACUUAUUGAAGAUGUAACUUCUAUUUCAGAAGAUAACACAAUCAAUCCUAUCGACUGCUAUCGGCAUUUCAUUACGGACGAAAUUAUUGACCUUAUAGUUCGUGAAACUAAACGAUACGCGCAGCAAUACUUGCAAACCCAUGACAUCAGUAGAAGAUCAAUAUUUAAACAAUGGAAACCAAUCAAUAAUACAGAGAUGCUCAAGUUCUUUGGAAUAGUCAUUGAAAUGGGAUUAGUACAAAUGCCGAAGCUGAAACAUAAAGAUUUAGUUCCUUUAUGUCCAUCAAUUGAUGGUGGUCAAGCACAAUUUCAUAAUACACUUAUGGAUAUGGGUUAUACUAUGAAAGAUAAAGAAUUUGAUAAAUUAUGGGAUAAAUUUGAUACAGAUGGUUUUCAUGCAAUUGGUUUAGAAAAAUUUAUAAGACGUUUAACUAAUGAAGAAUCUUUUAAUGAAAAUUCAUCAAAUAUAAGAAAUAAAUUAAAUAAUGGUUUAAUAUCAAAAAAUGAUAUGAAAUUAUUUAUUGAAGAUUUACUUGAAUUUUCAUUAAGUCCAGAUGAAUAUUAUCAUUUAUAUAAACAAUUUCCAUGUGAUCAAUAUGGACGUACAAUGGUUUAA